GAAGUGGGCGGGGAAGUGGGAGGCGCUGGCCAGCAAGGAGGCGGAGUCACGGGAGUUCAAGCAUUUCUGUCCAAUCAAAAGACGAUUGGCACGGGAAGCGGGGCGGGGGAGAUGAAGGGGGAGCGGGAGAUCCAGGAUCCUGCCCAGUUACCCGAGCCCGGCGUGCCUCCAGCUUCGCGGCCCGGGUGCUUCUGCCUCCCCGAGAGCGACCGAUCUCGAGGCCUGCUCCAACCAUGGCCUUCGCAAACCUGCGCAAGGUACUCAUCAGUGACAGCCUGGACCCCUGCUGCCGGAAGAUCUUGCAAGAUGGAGGGCUGCAGGUGGUAGAGAGGCAGAACUUGAGCCAGGAGGAGCUGAUAGCAGAGCUGCAGGAUUGCGAAGGCCUUAUCGUCCGCUCGGCUACCAAGGUCACUGCUGAUGUCAUCAAUGCAGCAGAGAAGCUCCAGGUGGUGGGCAGGGCUGGUACAGGUGUGGACAAUGUGGAUCUGGAAGCUGCCACCAGGAAGGGCAUCCUGGUCAUGAACACGCCCAAUGGAAACAGCCUCAGUGCUGCAGAGCUCACCUGUGGGAUGAUCAUGUGCCUGGCCAGGCAGAUUCCCCAAGCAACGGCUUCGAUGAAAAAUGGCAAAUGGGACCGAAAGAAGUUCAUGGGGACAGAGCUGAAUGGAAAGACAUUGGGAAUUCUUGGCCUGGGCAGAAUUGGAAGAGAGGUGGCCACCCGGAUGCAGUCCUUUGGGAUGAAGACUGUAGGGUAUGAUCCCAUCAUUUCCCCAGAAGUUGCAGCCUCCUUCGGUGUUCAGCAGCUGCCCCUGGAAGAGAUCUGGCCUCUCUGUGAUUUCAUCACUGUCCACACACCCCUCCUGCCCUCCACCACAGGCUUGCUGAAUGACAGCACCUUCGCCCAAUGCAAGAAGGGUGUACGAGUGGUGAACUGUGCUCGGGGAGGGAUUGUAGAUGAAGGUGCCCUGCUCCGGGCUCUGCAGUCUGGUCAGUGUGCCGGUGCCGCACUGGACGUGUUUACAGAAGAGCCGCCACGUGGCCGAGCCUUAGUUGACCAUGAAAAUGUCAUCAGCUGCCCUCACCUGGGUGCCAGCACCAAGGAGGCCCAAAGCCGCUGUGGGGAGGAAAUCGCUAUGCAGUUUGUGGACAUGGUGAAGGGGAAAUCUCUAACUGGGGUUGUAAACGCACAGGCCCUUACCAGUGCCUUCUCUCCACACACCAAGCCUUGGAUUGGUCUGGCCGAAGCUCUGGGCACACUGAUGCGAGCUUGGGCUGGCUCUCCUAAAGGGACCAUCCACGUGGUGACACAGGGGACAUCUCUGAAGAAUGCCGGGACCUGCCUGAGCCCUGCAGUUAUUGUCGGCCUCCUGAGAGAAGCAUCCAAGCAGGCAGAUGUGAACUUGGUGAACGCUAAGCUGCUGGUGAAGGAGGCUGGUCUCAAUGUCACCAGCUCCCACAGCCCUGUGGCCUCAGGGGAACAAGGCAGUGGGGAAUGCCUCCUGACUGUGGCCUUGGCAGGUGCCCCCUACCGGGCUGUGGGCUUGGUCCAGGGCACCACACCGGUGCUGCAAGUGCUCAACGGAGCUGUGUUCAGGCCAGAAGUGCCUCUCCGCCGGGGUUUGCCCCUGCUCCUGUUCCGAGCUCAGCCCUCCAACCCUGUAAUGCUGCCCACUAUGAUUGGCCUCCUGGCAGAGGCAGGUGUACAGCUUCUGUCCUAUCAGACCUCGAUGGUGUCGGAUGGGGAGACCUGGCACGUCAUGGGUCUCUCCUCCCUGCUGCCCAGCCUGGAAGCGUGGAAACAGCAUGUGUCUGAGGCCUUCCAGUUCUGCUUCUGACAUUGAGGCUCACUGGUCACAGCCUCUAGGGCUCUUCUAAAGAAACCUGCCCACUGUGAUCAAUAGAGAGAGGAGGUCUACAUUCCUGGGGCUGAACGUGGGCAUCUAACUACAAUAACCAUCUAGUAAAGAGUGCCCCCUAGCUCCACCCA